GUUACAGCUGAAAUAAUCAACAUGAAUCUCCAAGAGUUCAGCAAUGACAACAAACAAGCUUUACAAAUCCAAUCUGCUGCCUCAAACCCAUCAAUCACGGAUGCAACCACCGCAGCGGUCACCACUCGAAAGAAGCUAACUCUGCUGCCUCUUGUAUUCCUCAUUUACUUCCAAGUUGCCGGAGGUCCUUAUGGCGAAGAGCCAGCGGUUCAAGCUGCCGGAUCGCUGUUCGCAAUCAUUGGCUUCAUUGUCUUUCCAUUCUUAUGGAGUGUCCCAGAGGCACUGAUCACGGCGGAACUCGCCACCACCUUUCCCGGUAAUGGGGGUUUUGUAAUAUGGGCGGAGCGAGCCUUUGGACCCUUUUGUGGCUCCCUCAUGGGCACUUGGAAGAUCUUUAGCGGAAUCAUGAACAUUACUGCCUUCCCGGCGUUCUUCAUCAGCUACGUUGAGAAAAUAUUCCCGGCCUUGGAAUCUGGUUGGCCUCGUCGAAUUUCCAUCUUCAUUUCAACGAUACUCCUCUCACUGCUCAACUACGUCGGGUUGACAAUCGUUGGAUAUGUCGCCAUUGUUUUGGCUUUCUUCUCGUUGUUACCCUUCAUUUUAAUGACCUUGAUGGCCAUGCCGAAGAUUCGGCCUCGCCGGUGGUUUAGCUCUGGCGAGAACGGUGUGAAAAAGGACUGGAAUUUGUAUCUGAAUACUCUGUUUUGGAAUCUCAACUUUUGGGACAAUGUAAGUACAAUGGCUGGUGAAGUUGAGAAUCCACACAAAACUUACCCCGUUGCCCUAUUUGUUUCUGUUAUAUUCAUCUCUCUGUCUUACAUAAUUCCGUUGCUUGCCGUCGUCGGUGCUGUCCCAGUGGAACAAACUGCGUGGGGCUCAGGGUUUCACGCGCAAGCCGCUCAGUUCAUUGCUGGAAAUUGGCUUAAAAUCAUCCUUGAUAUUGGUGCAGGCUUAUCAGCAAUCGGCAUGUACGAAGCGCAGCUAAGUAGCAGCGCAUAUCAAAUCUUAGGUAUGGCGGAGAUUGGGAUUCUCCCAAGGUUCUUCGCAGCGAAAGUUUUUGAGACGCCAUGGAUAGGAAUCUUGAUAUGCACGGUUGUGUCCCUCGGCGCCUCCUACAUGCAGUUCUACGAUAUUGUAGCAUCAGCAAACUUCAUUUAUAGCUUAGGAAUGUUGUUGGAGUUCACAUCAUUUUUAUGGUUGAGAUGGAAGCAGCCAGAGCUAAGAAGGCCAUUCAAGGUUCCAAUGGAACUGCCAUGGUUAGUGGUUAUGUGCUUAUUUCCAAUUGCUCUGUUGGUGGUUUUGAUGAUUUUAACUCACAAGACUGUGUUGAUUGUGAGUGCUAUAAUGACUUCGGCUGGAACUCUAUGGUACUUUCUUAUGAAGCUUUGCAAGAAGAAGAAGAUAUUCAAGUUCAAUGAUAGCCCUCAAAUCAUUCAACAAUCAUAUAUUGAAAUAUCUACGACGAAUCAUGUCGGUACUCCGAUCCAAUCCGACAUUGUUCAAGUUACGAUCUAA